AUGUUGAGGGCAAACGGCCAUAGGAUUGCGAACAGUGAACCACGUUCCCGGUUCAAUCUUUCAUUUGCGAAUGAUCCAAGAGUCCCGUCGAUUGAAUUUAAUCUUUUUGCCAACAACAUCCACCCGGACCUUGACGAUGCUGCCCUCUACCAAGUGUUCGGUGCUCGAUAUCGUUCCUGUCGUGGAGCAAAGGUUUACCGUAAUCGCGAUGGAACAUCAAGAUGUCUUGGAUUCAUUCGUUUUGGUGAUCAAACGGAGCAACAAAUGGCGCUGGUGGAGAUGAAUAAAACGGUUGUACGAGGACGUGAAAUUGUACUCAAGCUGGCAGCAGCUAAACAGCGAUUGCCACGGCAUCAGAUUCGAGAUGGAAUGCAGCCUCAGAUAAUUGCUGACCAGUCAGUUGCGACGUACAAUCAGAUGGCCGCUUAUCAACAGCCGCAACAGCAGCCACAGGUGGCUUAUACUUACACUCAACCUCAGCCUCAAGCACCUGUUGUGGCGGCUCCUCAACCUUCUGAACUAGUCUACCCGUACAAUCCGACCGCUGAGGAGGCAAAUGCCGAGCUCAUUGCGAAUGGUGACGCUUGGUGGGAAGAGUUGGAAGAGAGCAGGUAA